UUGGCUUUUUGGAGAGCCGUACAUAAAGAACAAUUACUAAUUUCGAUAUUUUAAUACGUAGGAAGCGGAUAUAGCUUACAUGGCCUUGUUUGUCAACUACGAGCGAUUUACUAUUGCAGAUUUCUCUUCUACCAUAAUGUUUCAGCAGAUUGGUUUUGUAAUAAGAGCUCCGAAAAAGUUUCCAAAUUGGAAUUCUAUCGUAAAACCUUUUUCUAUAGAGAUAUGGAUCGUCUUACUAUCGACGAUGUUCGUAUUUGGGCUGAUUUUGCACAAAGUGAUAGAAGAGGACUUCGUUGCAGACGACGUAAACAUAUAUUGGCCCAGAAGCAAAAUAUUCUGGAAUUUGUUUGGCACAUUCGUUUAUCAAGGUAUUGAAUCGAAGGAUAUAAAGAGGUUACCUUCCAGAUUGCUGGUUGGAAUCUGGUGGCUGUCCAUUGUCGUUUUAGUGUCUAGUUACAGCGGAACUCUAAUGUCUUUCAUGACAUCCUCUAAUGGAACGUGUACCUAAAAAUUUCAAAGAACUGGCUGCUGCAGUUACCAGGGGUGAAUAUAGUUGCGGCGCUACGGGUGGAAAAGCUAUAUGGAGUGCCAUUGUGAAUUCGAGAUCUGAAAAUAUAAAAAUAAUCAGAAAUAACAUCAUCGACAAUGGUAAUUUUUUGUCCAUGUCCGAAUGGACGGAAGAAGUUCUUAAAGGACAAUUCGCUUUCGUAUGCAAUAGCGAUGGUUUAAGACAGUUUGUCAAGGAGGAAGAUCGAAAUAAAUUCCUGGUUUCUCAAGAUUCUUUGAUCACAUUUGUCCAGGCUUACACGAUGAGAAAAAAUUUCCCUUUCAAAAAGGACGUAAGCAAAGUAGUAACUCGUUUGUUCGAAGCGGGAAUUGUUGAGAAAAUCGAUUAUGCCACGAAAGGAAAAUUGAUAGAGUUCCCGGAAUUUCAAGGUCUAUCGAUGGAUGAUCUUAUAAGCCCAUUGUUAUUGCUUAUUUCGGGUUACGCGCUUUCAUUUAUUUUCUUGUCUCUCGAAUUCUUCUAUGCCAAAGUGCUAAUUAACUUUAAAUUCUGCGAUAAAUCUUAAUAUACUCGCUUAAAUCUAGCUUUUGUUUCCUAUGAUGAUAAUCAUAAAAGAAUAAACACGAUUAUUACUCUUUACGAUUUGCAUAAUGCAUAUUAAUUAUCUGUCUAUGUCGCUCUAUGGAGAAAAGUAUCGCGAGGUGGAAUUGCAGC